AUGAUCAGAACCACCAAUAACUGUGGCUCCAGCCUUUUCACUACCGAAGAAAUGGUCAACAACUACAUGUCCUUCACUGGAUUGGCCCAAUAUUGUUGGAAAACUCCGACCAUGAUCGACGGCCCCGAUGAUCCGGACCCAAAGUCUGCCAACAAAAAGCAGGCCAGAGGCACCAUUCAGUAUGGACCAGAUGAAGAGGACCCUCGCCAAGCCGAAGAGCCUCAAAGACGCUUCAUGAGCAUCUUUCUUGACGGCGAUAGUGGAUAUGAAGGAUCAAGAAAGUCUUCUCCCAGGAAAUAG